AUGAUCACUCCAAUGAUACGAUGCCUUAGACCCAUCAAGUGCAACUUGCCAAAGCACAUUUUAAGAAAAAAUUCGACAUUCACUCAGGCCGUCACAAAUCCCGCUAAUAGGACCCAAAUCUAUAUCUCUCAGUCACUAAAUCCAUACGUAAACCUUUCCAUUGAAACUUACUUCCUCUUAAAUACACCGGUAGACUCAACAAUCUUAUUUCUCUACUCAAACCGACCAAGUAUUAUCCUCGGUCGCAACCAAAAUCCAUGGCACGAAGUUAACUUAGGUCUACUUCGCUCUAGCUUGCCCGAAACACUCCUCGUUCGACGCCGCUCUGGCGGCGGGACUGUAUUUCAUGAUGAGGGUAAUGUGAAUUACAGUGUCAUUUCACCCAUGUCCACUUUUACGCGUCAAAAGCAUGCAGACAUGAUUGUACGUGCCCUGAGGUCAUUGAAUGUUGAGAAAGUAAGCGUCAACCAGCGUCAUGACAUUGUUAUAGAGAAAUUCGAUAAAGAUGAGCAGUCAUUAUUGCCAUUUAAAAUUUCAGGUACAGCUUUUAAGCUUACUAAGUAUCGAUCUCUACAUCACGGAACAUGCUUACUUUCAAGUCCGUAUAUUAAAGUUAUCUCACGAUACCUUGACCCCCCUAUCAAGCCAUUUCUCACGGCUCGAGGAGUAAAUAGCGUCAAAUCAAAAAUUACGAAUGUUUGGCUCUCUAAUGAGGAAUUUCAGAAAGCCGUGAUCGAAGAGUUCCAGUCCAUGUACACUAAGGCAGAACCUAUCAUUCUCGAUGAGAAUAUUAGAAAGAUUCCUGAAAUUGUAAAAGAUGAAAUUGAGCUAAAGUCUCAUAAUUGGAUUUACAACCAAACACCUCAAUUUGAAUUUGCUAUUGAUAACAAUUCUGAAUGUCCAUUUGAGUCCGGAAUGAGUGUUGGUGCAUAUUUAUCGCUCCCAAAAAAGUUUAAUGAAAGAUUUCUUGCUCGUAAUGGUCGUAUCAUCAGUGCCUCUCCGGCUCUAGGGCAUUUAAUAAACCAAGAACUGCAUAGUAUUACUGACUGGAGGCCAAAACUGUCGGUUAACGCUGAUACAUGCAGUUCUGAGAUUCAAGAAAAGUUGGGAGAUUUCUUGAAUAAACUAAUGAGCGGUGAUUUAAAUCAACUACAAAAUACUUUUAAUCGCAGCCCAAAUUGA